GCGUUCGUAAACGAUGGCUUAUUCGUUGUGUCUAUUGAUUGUGAAGCAGAAACUGUAUACGGAGGUUGACAAGCAUGGUGGUUCAUAUGCAUGCUGGCAUGUGAUUUGGCAACGGAGGAUGACCUCACAGCUGCGUGGGAAACGUUCAAUUAAGGUGCUCGUCUGAGCACAAGCUAUCCAACUGAACAUCCCGCACUUCGUGACUUUUCUCGGUAUUGGCCAGACUCGGGCCCACACCACUAGAUAUAUCUCAGAUCAUGGCUGAUGCUGCGACAACCUCCGGCGCUGAGGUGCCGGAAAAUGAGACCCCCAAUCAGAAGCAGGCGCGCCUGCGCCGCGAGAAAUUGCGGAAGAAAAUGGCCGACCAAGGCGAAGACCGGCUAGCGAAGAUCAAGGCAUUGAACGGCGGUGUUGCACCUCCCGAUGAGGUCUUAGGCGGCCCUGCUGCCAAGGUCGCAUCGGUGACAGAUGAUCCGGAGGAGGUCGACAUCAGUACACUGCGCACGAGUACCAACAGAUCCGCACCACCCGCCGGCAAUGAUUUCGCUUCAGCAAUGCGGCAGAUGCAGCAGCAACAGCAGGGCCCACAAGACUUUGGUCUUGGAGGUGCCUCUGACGACCCGAUGAUGAAGAUGAUGCAACAGAUGAUGGGUGGUCAGGGAUUUGGCGGCGAUGGCAGCGGUGCUGCUGGGGCGCCGGCAUUCCCACCAGCAUUGCAGGCAAUGUUGGGCGGAGCAGGAGCAGCUGGUGCAGGUGGGCAGAAGCAAGGGCAGCCAACAACGACAAACAGCUCAGCGUAUGUGUGGAAAUUGGUGCACGCCGUAUUUGCCUUCACUCUGGCCACAUACAUCGCACUCACGUCAACAUUCAACGGCACCAAGCUCGCUCGUAGCCAGAGCGUCUAUAGUGACGAAGCUGGCUUUGGGCUCGGUCCACGCCUAUUCAUCAUCUUCACAUCCGCCGAGCUCGUUCUCCAAAGUACUCGCUACUUUAUGGAACGCGGACAACUUCAGGGAGGCGGUAUGCUCGCGACUGUGGCCAACAGCGGAUUUCUCCCUGAGCCAUACGCCGGCUACGUCCGAAUUCUAGGCCGAUAUCUCACAAUUGCGCAGACAAUCUUCUCGGAUGGAAUGGUCAUUGUCUUUGUUUUCGGUUGCUUGGCUUGGUGGAAUAACUUGACCCUGACCACGGAAAAUAUCACGACUGAAGUCACUGCUCCAGUCGCGUAGUCAUACAAUGAAGUAUACAAAUAAUCUACACGCGUCCGCCAACCCAACGGCGCAACCAUGUACGCGAUCCCGUCGCUAUGCAUUUUCGUCUUGAAGUAUUCGCUUUGCAUCUCCUGAUAUGACCGCCUCAUAUUAUCAGUCCCCGCUACCAUCAUAGGUCUCCUCGUGCUUGCUCCAACAAUUCUCUGUCCCUCUUUUCUCUUGUCCGUACCUCCAAUGAUAAUUUGGCAUCCUCUGCACUCCUCUCUGCCUCUCUCUUCAACCUUGCGAG